CUACAAUAACGACGCCAUUUUUGUCUUCCAAAGUGUUCGGGAAAGGAACGCGACCAGGGGCCUGUCAAAACAAAUCUCAAGAUUAUUUUUUGAUAUCUUCCAGUUGCACGGUUUAAAAAACAACCAGCCAACAGCAUGAGAGGUGGUUCGUCGUAUGGAGACAGAGACCGAGAUCGUGGACGCGACAGGGGGCCUCGGUUCGGCUCCAGUCGUGGGCGUUCACCGCCUGGGACGAAGAAAUUUGGCAAUCCAGGCGAGCGCCUUCGUAAAAAGAAAUGGGAUUUGGAUGAACUUCCUAAAUUUGAAAAGAACUUUUACACAGAACAUCCUGAACUUCAACGAAUGAGCCAGUAUGACAUUGACGAGUUCCGGAGGAAGAAGGAGAUAACUGUGAGGGGCUCAGGCUGCCCCAAACCUGUCACCAGCUUCUCACAGGCUCACUUCCCACAAUAUGUGAUGGAUGUCCUAAUGCAGCAGAACUUCAAGGAGCCCACUCCCAUCCAGGCCCAGGGCUUCCCUCUGGCCCUGAGUGGAAGAGACAUGGUGGGCAUUGCCCAGACCGGCUCAGGGAAGACACUUGCAUACCUGCUCCCAGCCAUAGUCCACAUCAACCACCAGCCCUAUCUGGAGCGAGGAGAUGGACCUAUUUGUUUGGUUCUGGCCCCGACCCGAGAGCUGGCUCAGCAGGUCCAGCAGGUGGCGCAUGACUACGGCAAGUCCUCCCGCAUCAAGAGCACCUGCGUCUACGGGGGAGCGCCCAAGGGCCCACAGAUACGAGACCUGGAGAGAGGAGUGGAGAUCUGCAUUGCCACCCCAGGCCGCCUGAUUGACUUCCUUGAGGUGGGCAAGACCAACCUGCGGCGCUGUACAUACCUGGUGCUGGACGAGGCCGACCGCAUGCUGGACAUGGGCUUCGAGCCCCAGAUCCGCAAGAUCGUCGACCAGAUUCGGCCCGACAGACAGACCCUGAUGUGGAGUGCCACCUGGCCCAAGGAGGUGCGUCAGCUGGCGGAGGACUUCCUGAGGGACAACGUGCAGAUCAACGUGGGAGCCCUAGAGCUCAGUGCCAACCACAAUAUCCUGCAGAUUGUGGACGUCUGCAUGGACAGUGAGAAGGACAGCAAACUGCUUCAGCUGAUGGAGGAGAUCAUGGCGGAGAAGGAGAACAAGACCAUCAUCUUUGUGGAGACCAAGAAACGAUGCGAUGACCUGACGCGCCGCAUGAGGCGAGAUGGGUGGCCAGCAAUGUGCAUCCAUGGUGACAAGAGUCAACCUGAGAGAGACUGGGUGCUAGCAGAGUUCCGCAGUGGAAAAGCCCCCAUUCUUAUUGCAACAGAUGUGGCCUCUCGUGGUUUGGACGUGGAGGACGUCAAGUUCGUCAUCAACUACGACUACCCCAACUCGUCCGAGGACUACAUCCACCGCAUCGGGCGUACGGCCCGCAGCACCAACAAGGGCACGGCCUACACCUUCUUCACACCUGGCAACCUGCGGCAGGCGCGGGAGCUGGUGCGCGUCCUGGAGGAGGCCCGGCAGGCCAUCAACCCCAAGCUGCUGCAGCUAGUGGACUCGGGUCGCGGGGGCGGAGGAGGAGGUGGGCGGUCUCGUUUCCGUGGCAGCGGUUCCAACUCCAACAACCCCAAUCUGAUGUACCAGGAGGAGUGCGACCGCCGCAUGCGCACCGUGGGCGGGGGCAGCAAGGACAGCCGCGGUGGCUCCAGUGGCGGCAGCGGCGGCUUCAGUCGUGAUGGGAGACGCGAUGGUGGAGACCGCUCCUCGUCCUCCUCGUCCUCCUAUCGCGACCGCAGUGGCAGGGAUGGACGCGACAAUAGCUACAGCUCUGGCUCCAACUCCUACAGUGGUGGUGGGGGGGGGGGGGGGGGGGGCAGUGGGGGUCAGUAUGGAAGCAGCUAUAGCAGUGGAGGAGGAGGAGGCGGCCAGUAUAACUCCAGAAGCGGUGGCCAAUCAGGUGGAGGUUCGGCAGGUAGUGGGGGAGGGCCUGACCAGUCUGGCCAACUUGGCAACAUGGGGGGCCGCUCGGGAAACCCUCCUCCGCCCCCCACCGGGCCACAGCCCCUCAUGGCCCAGCAGUUCUCCCCUGCCCAGCCAAUGAUGGGCUUCAUAGGCCAGGGAGGACCCUAUCAGUUUGCUCCGCCACCACCCCCUCCCCCGUCAAGGAAAUGAUGUCAUAACGACAUGUGUGAUGUCAUAAAGAGAUGUUGUUCAGAGUCGAUGUGCAGGAAGGCUUAGUGAUUGAGAAAAAAAACAGUGACGAUGCGGGUGGGGGGAUCCCAGCUCGAGUUGGGUGGGAGGUUUAGAGGGUUGUAACAUUCCGUCAUCUCUGUUUUUUGUGCAUCUUGUGUUCCCAUGAUGCAUACAGUAUAUAACUCAGAGUGCCCCGCAGUGCCGAACCGUGGUGUGUUAGACCAUAGCGCUCCCGGGGGAGUUUGUUGUCCACCAGGCUUCAGAUUAGUACUUUGUGUUUCCGAGCCAGAGCUGUGUUCUCAUAUACACGUAUACACUAUGGAUCCCUGUCAUCCAGAUCUUAAUUUUGUGUAGGCAGUUCCACACAAUUUCAAGUGUUGUGGUCUGAGUGACCACGAUUUCGAUGUGAGAAGAGGUUUAAAAACAAAUGUUUAUUUUGAAAAGUAGAUUAUGGCAGUUAGUAAACAGACACCAGCUUUAAUUUUGUAUCUCUGGCUGUAUUGUUUUGCAAGCAUCAUGUCAGGUUUUUUUUUCAUUUGCUUGAGAUGGUUUUACUAUGUGUUCUUUUUUCUGUUGUUUUUGGGUUUGCUCCUGCCUAGGCAUUUAACCCCUUAAACGAGAUAAAUGUACAGCCAUAGUCUGAUGAUGUACAUGACUGUCUAAUUAUUUUCCAUUAAGAUUGUUUUCUUUUUUACUUUGUCAUUGAGGUUGAUUCAGUCUGAAGACAUACGCAUACAUAGUGAACCAAAACCAAUUAAUUUCAGAGAACUUUUUUUAAGUUUGACUCCUUGAUACCUUCAGUUAGCAGUGCAGUCAGUUUCAUGUGUCUUUUUUUAAAUCUUUAUUGGGAAAGUUUGCGUCAUGUGACACUAUGCUUGAGUGUAUUGACAUUUUCUUUGAUGUGCAGUUGUGUGGAGUUCUGCCAGACCUCAUGUUGCCAGCCCUGUGUCUGCCCUUGCCAUACGAAUAUGCUGCAUAAUGCCUUUGAAAAGAUGAGCUAUUUUCAGUUAAGUCCCAUCCGACGUGAAGAACAAAUUUGUAAUUGCAAACUUUGAAUAUGUCCCUAAAUUUUGUAUCCUCAGUUGUGUGUGUGUCUACCUUUUUCAGAUUUAAAUAAAAUUUCCAUCAAUAUA